UUCAUAUCAAUCGCUAGCGACAUAUUUCUAGAUACAAUUCUCUGUGACGCGAUUUUCACUUAAAUUGACAACAUAAUUGAGAAACGCAAUCAUUCACAGAAAACUCAUGGAAAUUUUGGAGUUAAUCACAGACGAUUGGACCGAUUUCGCUAACAGUGACACCAGCAUGCGCACGAUAACACGCAAAGCCAAAACAUCAGCUCAUAUUACUAAUGGAAUGGUCAUUCUUCACACGACGGCUAUCGUUGCGUAUUGCCUUGGAGUGAUCACUGCCGGCGCCGAUGUUACCAAUCAAACGACCGAAUUGCCUUACUUCAACAAAUUAGACCUUCCUUUCAGCGUUACCACACAGCGUAUGUAUAGAUUGGUGUUAAUGUCGGAAUUUCUACAUCUGAUCCUUUCUAACUGCUUAGCUGGCGUUGUAAACGCUAUACUUUUAAGUUUGGUUCUACAUGUAGGAGGUCAAAUAGAAAUUCUGCAAUGUUGGUUAGAGCAGCUUACAGUCAAAAAUAUCGAAAAUAGAGAAGAACAAUCAAUUGUUAUCGCGAUAAGAAAAAUUAUUCUGAAACACCAAAAAAUUAUCAAUUUUACGGAAAUGAUUGAAAAUAUAUAUACAUAUAUCGGAUUAAUACUAUUUGUAUCGAACUCGAUGCUAAUUUGCUCAAUAGGUUUUCUCAUUGUAGCAGCAAUUGGUACUGAUGAUGCCGCAGAACAAAUCAUAAAAUGUGUCUUAUUUUUCACAUUAACAAAUUUAGAAGCAUUUAUAUUUUGUUAUGCUGGAGAAUACUUGAAGACUAAGAGCAAAGCAAUUGAAUUUGCAACGUAUAGUUGUGCAUGGUACAAUUUGAAACCUAAAGACAGUCGCGUUUUGUUAUUCAUCAUAUCAAGAUCGCAAAAACAAUUGACACUUACAGCCGGCAAGAUGAUGGAUCUCAAUUUAGAAUCCUUUGCAAGUAUCAUGAAUGCUUCGGGAUCCUAUCUGUCAGUGUUGUUGGCGAUGCAAUGAACAUCACAUUCAUCUCGAAGACCUUUAAUCAAUAGUCGUGAAGCAUAUACAGAGCGUAUUUUAU